AUAUAAUGACAGCGAAUAUUGGUGACAAAUGUUUUAAACAUUUACUGGAGGUAUUGGGCUGCAGUAUUCAUUCACACUAAGAUGCCGGGUGGAGCAGAUAGCGUUAAAGUAGCCGUGCGUGUGAGGCCGUUUAACCAGAGAGAGAAGAAUGCUGGAUCAGGCUGUAUCAUAUCGAUGAAAGGAGACUCCACAACGAUAAAAAACCCAGAAAAUAGUUCCACAAAAAUAUUUUCCUUCGAUUACUCUUACUGGUCACAUGAUGGAUGUCGAGAAAAUGAAGAUGGUGUGUUCAUUCCCAAUUCAGAAUCGUCUAAUUAUACCGACCAGCGCCGGGUCUUCCAGGAUCUUGGACAAGGGGUACUGGACAAUGCCUGGCAGGGUUACAAUGCCGCUCUGUUUGCUUACGGUCAGACAGGAUCUGGGAAGAGUUACUCCAUGAUAGGAUACGGACCAAACAAGGGUAUCGUUCCCAUUACCUGUGAGGAGCUGUUCAAGGCCAUAGAAACAAAUAAGGAGAAUCAAAAACAGUUACAGCCCAAUUGCGCAAAAGAAGUUUCCAUGGAGGUUUCCUUUAGCAUGCUGGAGAUCUACAACGAAAGAGUGAAGGAUCUGUUAGUGAAGGGAAAACAAUCUUCAGAGGGUCUGAAAAUCCGACAGAAUCCGCAGGCUGGAUUCUACGUGGAUGGACUCAAAAACGUCCCUGUUAGCAGUUACAAAGAGAUAGAGAAACUAAUGGAACAGGGUACCGUCAACAGAACAACUGCCUCAACAAACAUGAAUGCCACUAGCAGCCGGUCACAUAUGGUCAUCACCAUCAGGUUUAACCAGGUGAUCAGAAAUGCAGGAGGUGAGAGUAACACCAGAAGCAGUGACAUUAACUUGGUGGACUUGGCAGGAAGUGAGAGGGCGGACUCGACUGGUGCUACAGGAGAUCGGCUGAAAGAAGGUUCAGCCAUUAAUCAGAGUUUGUCAACACUGGGCAAUGUAAUCAGUGCAUUGGCCGACAUUGCUGGGGGUAAGAAGAAUGUACUUGUUCCUUAUCGUAACUCCGUCCUAACAAAACUGCUACAGUCAGCACUGGGAGGCAACAGCAGAACAAUCAUGAUAGCAGCUCUGAGUCCAGCAGACAUUAACUAUGACGAAACGCUGUCUACACUGCGUUAUGCUGAUAGGGCUAAAAAGAUCCAGAAUAAAGCCAUUGUCAAUGAGAGCCCCACAGACAGGCUGAUCCGAGAACUCAAAGAGGAAAAUGCCAGACUGAUGGCAGCACUGGGAAAAGGGGGAUCUAAAACCGACAACUCAGGGGAAUUACAGAGACUCCUUCGAGAGAAUGAAAGCAAAAUGUCAGACAUUAACAAGACUUGGGAGCAGAGGCUGGAAGAGGCCAGAAAAGAGUGGGAGAGAGGACAUGGGGGGCUGGAGCAUGAGGAAGAACAGGCAGAGUGGCGGACAUUUCCAUACUUCACCAACAUUAACGAGGACACACAGCUCUCGGGAGUGGUCAAACUAAGCUUGCAUGUUGGUGAAACACUGUUUGGGAGAAGUACCUCAGCAACAUACUCUAUCCGAGGACUAGGAAUUCAAGAAAAACAUGCCUUGAUUACAAAUAGUGGUUCAAGAGUCACACUGGAACCUGUAAAUGAGUCUAAAAUUUACGUCAAUGGUGUUAAACUCAAAUCAAAAGAGGAACUUCAUCAUUUGAGCAGAAUCAAAUUUGGAUCCAGUUGCCUUUAUUUGUAUGUGGGUCAAGUGAACGACAGAAAACCAAAUGAUGAGAAAGUGUAUGAUUAUGACUUUUUCAUGGCGGAGUUGGCAGAGCAUCGAGGAGUUGCCAUAGACUUACAAACUCCUCGUGUCAACGAAUCAAUGGAGAACCUUAAGUCCUAUGUCGUGUUUCAGGACUUUAUGGACUUGCUUCCACAGAUCUCCGAGGCUAAUGCCAUAAGUCUGGAGCUAGAUAAGGGAAUGAAUUUUCAAGCAGAAAUCAAAACUCAGGCUAGUCAUGACUCUCAGCAACAACAAGGUACUAAAGAAGUACAAAUCAAGGCCACCAAUGAAAAAACCAAGAAGGUCUGGGUUUGGUCCCGAGAGAAGUUUCUUCAUCGAAAGGAUCUCAUGGAGGAGAUGUACUGUAAAUAUAUGGAUGGGGAAAUCUUGCCUAAGAGCAGGGAUAAAGACCCCUUCUGGGAUCCUGUGGAAGACAUGUUUUUGGGGAGCUGCCAUGUGAUGUUACAAAGUCUUACAUACUGUGUGGAAACUGACGAACAUUUUACCUUACAUAAUUACCAUGGUAAGGAGGAGGCAGUGAUGAAGGUGAGGAUUUUCCCACUGGAUGAAAAGGGACACUACCUGGGAGAGGAGAGCAUAGUGGAGCCCCGCGAGUUGCUGGGGAAACCCUUCAGCUAUGAAAUCUCCAUUCCAGAGUGCAUGGGAGUCCGAUGGUGUUCAGAGGAAAGAUCGCGAGGCGUGUACUGCAAGGUUUUAUUAGAUAACCAACAACCUGUGAAAAGUCAGACAGUCUGGGGUAAAAGCUACUGUGAUUUUAAUCUGAAGUAUCAAGUAAAGGAGAAGAAAGUCCGACAAGAAUUCAUAGACUACCUACAGACCCACUCACUGGUAGUGGAACUCUGGGGGUCACAAGUCAAUGAAGAGGAUCAGAUACAUCACACAUUUAGUGGGAAUGGGGUUAAUGGUAAUAGUGAUGAUGUUCUAUCACAAAUGAAAAAUAAGGAAUAUGAGAUAGAACGUCUAAAUGAAGAUAUUAACCUCCUGAAAAAAGAAAAUUUUAAUCUGAAGAAAAAAUUAGACAAGCAGCAGACACAACUUGACAUGAAGAAACACCGGCGAGCAAAAGGCGUAAGCAGUGCCCCUCCAGUAGACGAGUCAGAAGGUAUUGUGAACUAAUCAGAAAUCUCUCACUGUCAAAUUUGUCACUGUAACUUACUUGUUCCUGAGCUGAAAAAAAACCCACAAACACAACACUUUGAAAUAACAUGAUCAUCCUGAUAUUCAUUACAAAGGUCUAUUUUUACUAAAAGUUUAAAUUUUACAGGUACCUAUCGAGCUAUUAAUUACAAUCAUGAAGCACAACAGUUGUAGAAAUUAAAGUGUUGCAUACAUGUAUCUAUAACAGAGUAUCUGAAACAAAAAAAUCAAAUACAUUUUUAAUUUUUUUUUAAAAAGUGUAUUAAAUUUAGUAAGAACAUUUUAAGAAAUUGUUUUACUUUUCAUUUCUAUGUAAAAUAUAACAUGGGUCCCAAUUUUGAACUGGGUCAUGGAAAGGAGGCGAGUCAUUUUGACUAAGUUAUUAUUAUUAUUUUACCAGGGUAUUCAUUUAUAAAGUGCAAAAUUACAUAUAGUUUCUAUGCGCUGUACAAUGUUUGUGCUAAUAAUCAUUGAUAAUAUACUAAUAAAAGACCUGCAAGAGCUAUAAAGGAAAUGAUAAAACAAUAGAAAGAAUUUAAAUAAAACAUGGUUGUAAAAUGACAAAGUGGUUGACUAUGACUUGACAAGAUACAAUUGGCAUACAGGUAUUCAUAUGUUGGAUCAAAAUUCAGUUUGCAAGAGCUUGCACAUGGAAUCCUUGAUAUUACACUGAAUUCUACAUUCACAGGGCAUCUUAACGCUUGAACAAGAGUGUUUUUAGGUUCUUGCGGAAUGCUCCAUGUGCUUCAACCUCUCAAAGUUCCAGUGGCAGUUUAUUCCACAAUUGUGCACCUAGUGUUUUUAUGGCUCUUGUACCGUAUUUGUUUGAUGAUUUCUUCACUACCAGUUUCCAUUGAUUGGAUGAUGAUCUCAAGGUCCUAUGUGGCUGGUAAACAGGACAUAGCUCUCUCAUGUAUGUUGGUGCUGAGAAAGAGUGUAGUGACUUAUGUAUGGUUGUCAGCACUUUAAACACAACACGUUGCUUUACAGGCAGCCAGUGUAGUUGUUGAAGUACCGGCGAAAUAUGUUGUCUGUAGCAUGUUAUUGUGAGACAACGUGCAGCGUUACUAUUCUGCUCCUCAUCAAAAACAAGGGGCGUAUUGCUUUUGCCCUGUUGAUCAAUCUGUUGGACUGAGUUGGCUGACCGUUCAUCGUUAGACCAGCUAGAAUUUGUCCAUCUGACCCCUGGAGAUAGUACUAUGUACAGGGAAAUAUUCGCCCCCAAUUUUGUUUUCACCCUCGUCAUAUGAAUUUAAGACUGGAUGAAACUGUCUUCUCUCUUUUAACACAACUGUGUCAGGUUCAAAAUUGGGCGAAAACAUCCGCAAAGAAGAGCAAAAAUAAGCUGGGGUGAAAAUGAUCCUGUUUACAGUAGGCAGGUUGGUCACCAUUAUUAGAUGACAUAUAUUAGGUCAAAGGUUACUGGGCUUUCUACUUUACAUACACAAAUUGUAUUGUGACUGAUCGGUAGAGAACUCUUGACCUGUUAGUCAUCUUCAUUUAGAGGCUUGCAGGUCAUCACCAGUGUACGAUCAAUUUUAGGGUCAAAAGUUACCAAUCUCUUCAGACUGUAGAUCAUUUAUUUGAAACCUUGUAACUCUUAAAACUGGUAACUCAUCAAAUAUCAUAGGUGGAGGUUUUGACCCUUAAGGAAGUAUAACUACAAGGUCAUAAUGGUUGACUUCCUUUUAAAACAUGAAUGAAACUAUAAAUAUCAGCAAUAUUUGACUAAUCGAAUGAGGAGUCACUUAGCUGGGCAGCGCAGUCAGUCGAUGUGUCGACUGCUGAUCCGUAGAUCUUGGGUUCAAGUCCAGCAGGGGUUUUAAUACUGAAUAUAUAUCUCACCCACCUAAUCUGCAUCCCAUGAUAAAAAAAAUUGGUCUCCUACACCCCAACGAUAUUUUCAGGGCAAAUACUGAUUGAAAAUGCAGAAAGUUUUACCCCCCUAAAACUCAUAGAUUUGGGUUGAAAACUGUCCCUAGAUUAAGCAUUAAAUUAAGGGGGAAUUGUGCCUCUUUUGUGCCAUAAAGGCAGUCCCCAAGCACUACCUUUUGGGAUCACCCUUUCAUCAAAAUUUCUGGGAUCCACCCAUCCAUGCACACAAAUAGCUGAUAGACAAAUUACCAGAAUGACUAACUUAUACAGUUUAUUUAAGUGAGCAAAAGUGAUAAAAUGAACACACAAUAUUGUGCACAUUUCACUCAUUAUAACAUGAACAGACACUGCUUUGGAAAAAACACUCAGCUCACCUCCCAUGUGUUUUAUUUCUGUUAGUAAUGUGCCUUUGGUUUGAGGAUCAUGAUAUUACCUCUUUUUACUCUUGUCUUUUCUAAAAAGUACUCAUUUGACAUCUGGUAUCCAGAAGAAGAACAAAAUAGACCAAUUUUGUAUUUGGUUAAGUUGAUAGUUAAUGAAAUUGAUACUUGUUUUUUGUGAUUGAUAUGAUACAUACACACUUGUAUAUUUCUGACCCCUGCUUAAUGCUGUAGAUGUGUGCACUUUCUACCUGUCUUACCUUGGAUCUAUACCUGCCUUACCUUAAUUUGCUCUAUGCUAUGGAACAACAGAGUUUUUUGAUUCCUGAUUUUGCAUGUUGUAGCCAGUGGAGACAUAGGACUAGAUGCUGAUCUGGCCCAGGCUCUACGGGUUUUCUUCAAG